UUGGAAAGCGCGACACGCUCCAACCUCAAACUCCGCGAUUCACAUAUAGAAAUAGUUUGUAACAAGGAAAAAUUUUUCAGAAUCUUCUUGACGCUUUAUCGACGAUAAAUCAAACUUUCCAAGAACUUGACGCGGACUCGUUGAAAGGAGUGUAUAAAACGGAUAACACGUAUAACAUAAUACGGAAGCGCAAUGUCCUCUUUGAUUGUAAUGCACAAUUCGCAGAUCAUGUUGUUGGAAAUGGCUGUAAAAAAUCUCUACAUGCCAUGGACCAACGUGUUCGACGCAGCCCUGAUGAAGAAAACCGUGAUAAUGUUUCGAUUGUUGGACGAGGAAUGGACAACGUUGUCCCCGAAUCGAUCCGACUACCAUUCUUAUCGUGGCUCCAAUUACGAGAACGAGAAAUUCUACGGAGGCAGAUCCGUCCUGUUCUCCGUCCCGGAAUCCAUGCUCGAGGAGAAUAUGUCGGGGGUGGAUCUGCAGAUUUACGUGUACAAGGGCAUAUCCAAGUAUUUCGAGCUCGAGUCGCGCCGCAAUUUCGGAUUCACUCUCGUAAGGAUGGACGACCUGUUUAACGGAAUUAUCAAGGACCUCAGCGAGAGGAAGGAGCUCGAGGGUUAUUUUUCCAACGAUUUGGAGCGGGAACCCAUAUCAAGAUCGACGCAAGGCAAGUUCAACCUGUUCGACGAGAGUUUGGACAAGACCGAGGCGACGAUCGAGCUCUACAUACGCAUCAGCUACCUGGGCAAAUGCAUCAUAACCGAGAUACACUCCCCGAUGAGCAUACAGAAGGCGUUCUACGCGCGCGAGGAGACGGACGAGCAUUACAGAUACCAAUUCCGGGAGUUGAACACGAUGGACCUCGAAUCGUUCUGUUGGGGAAGCUUGACCAUCAUCCCUCCCCUCCAUCCGGACAAUUUGAUCUGCCGUUGCGUGCGGGUCGAGAAGCCCGUGGAGGAGGCGACGCAAACGAAGAAGAAGAAGAAACGGAAGCGCGACGAGCUCGAUUUCUAUGGAAAGAUGGCACGCGCCCAAGAGUUGUUGGCCAAGAUGAAGGAGAUGAGGAAAAAUCGUCCCGAUUCCAUAGCGCACGGGGUGGCGAAGAAAGUUUGCCCACCGCCUGUCUGCCCGACCGUGUGCACCCCUGUCUGCGUUUACACUCUCCCAUCCAUUUGUCCCAGUCCCUGUCAACCGUCCACCGUUUACUGUAUGCCUUCCCUCGCCUCUCCUUGCACGCCUUCCUGUAGGUGAACUAUAUAUAUAUAUAUAUAUGUAUACGGAGAAUCAUGGAGAAUUUGCACAGGGAAUUUGCACGGAAUCGUGGAAGCAAAAAAAAAAGAAAAAAAAUGGAGGAGGCGUUUACGCCGCGUCCAACUUUCACCAUUGUUCCAGCUAGAAUCUUCCCCUCCCCCUCUUCCUGGAGGUAAUCACGGCGACCGUGUCCCAUCGUGUUUUAUGAUCCAUUCAUCCCCCGCGAUUGGACGAUUUCCCAAAUUGUCGGCCGAAAUUUUAUGGCUUAUGGCGGGGGGAGAGAGGGUUUGGGGUUUGCACGAGCGUUUGGAUCGAGUUCGACCGGUCCGUUCCAACUCCUCUCCCUCGAAUUGCUUAUUCCGUUCGAUGGAUAAAGGGGGAAAAGAAAAGAAAGAAAGGAAAAAGGAUCUUCUUUGUCGCGUGCUAACGGUAAUACGUUCUCCCUUUGCGAGUCAUCGACUUGCACGAAGAUGCAGGAUGAUCCUUUGGGAUGUUGUAAAUUGCAACACGCGGGUUAGACACGCCAUCUUCGAAGAAAUUUCACGCGGAGGAACGUGCAGUUUUUCCGCCGUGUCUCGAGCUAACCCGGGAUAUCCACUUCGCGCCGGAUAUUCCGAUAUUCCAUGCAAUUGAAAGCCGAAGAGUUUUGCAUUUUGAUUACCCGAACCGAACCCCUUCUUCUGGCCAGCCUCCUCCACUCUGGAGGAGAGGAUCGUAUGUGCAUGUAUGUACGUAUAUAUGUAUACAUAUAUAUAUAUAUAUGUAACGUGGGGUUUUCACGCCGGGAUUUCGAUUUGCAAGCAGGGGAGUAUUUUAUCAUCGGUGGCAUUAUGCAAAGAUUCGGGAUCUCGAGCGAGGGCGAAGAUCUUCGAGAGAGAAGGAGAAGGGAGGGUGGAUACGUGAAAAUGGAGUGAACGCUUCCUUUCAUCGGUCCGUAAAUUUUUUGAUCGAGAAACUGGCACCUCUGGUUGGAAAAUUUCCCGUUGGGACUGUAUACGCGAGGAAACUAUUCUUCGGCUUUAUGGAUCGUUCGAUUGUCGUUCUAUCAAAAUUUCUGCAUGAUGAUUGUCAUAUUAUUAAAUUGAAAUACGUGAUUAC